AAUAAAUUAAUAUUUUAAUCAACUUAAUUUAUUCUCUAAUAUUAUAUCCGACCGCGAUCUGCAGCUUCGCAGAUAACUUUUAGAAGCCUUAAAUUUCUUAGAGGUGCUGACCUAAAGGAAGCCAUUCCGCCGCUGGGUCUACGUGUGGAGUUUAGAGGGAAAUUAUUCAUGUGGAAGAAGAAAGAGGUAUGUAUAUGUUAUAAAACAAACUGUUUUAGGUCUCAUAGUUUAUUUUGCACAUACAUAGUUCGGAAUAGAUGAUGAAACCAUGUCAAUGCCAAGCAAAGUAACUGAAUGGUUACAAAAAAACAACUUUAUGCCAUCAAGUCAGUCAUCUUCUUCGCCCCACUGUCUCAGUAAAGAUUUACCGAGUUUACUUCAACAAACGUGCAAGGGGAAACUAAUCUUCGAAUCCUACAAAAAGAAUCAACAUUUGACUAACGGGAACCGGGACGACCUCAUAAGCAUUAUCAUUGACGAAGUUAUUGCAAAUGACAUUAUACUAAGAGGGAAUGAUUUUGUGAAUUUGCUAGAGCAGAUAAUAAAUCUCUUUCCAAACGAAAAGGGUGCCCGGGAAUACUAUUAUAUUCCGCGCAAGGGUAAAAAAUGCCCUAGUGGAAAGCUGUACGGGAAAUACGUCAAUCAACGCAGUAAGAAAAGGAAGACAAUAUACCUAGAACAAAACACACCAUCACCUGCUAGUACUAAGACUAAUCCUUCCACGAAAAAUUACGAAGUUCCUGAAAUUGAUUUUACGAUAUGUAGAGUAUUAAAAGCAUCUCUCAGCAGAAGCAUUGCCGAUUGGAAUGAAGUCAGAGAUAAAUGGCAAAAGACAUUUAACUUGCGACAGAAUGACUUAAAGGAACUGACCAACAUUGAUUUUCUCCAAGCCUGGCCCAAAUAUUAUGAUUCGCGGGCUCCUGACUUGAUAAAACUUGACUUCAAGAUCAUGUACCCUGACAAGGAGGAUUGUUUGUAUUCGAAAUGGGAAAUGUUUACGGAAAAAAUUCAACGAUUUUAUGAAACUAAUCUACACAACGAUUUCUGCAAACAGCUCUUUUCUCUUGCUAAAGCUUCAACGAACAAAGAUACGCAAGACUACAUUCUUACAACGCUGCUGAAUGGAGUUCUUCCACCUUCAUCAUGGUUUCAAAGUUCCUGCGGAAAGCUAAGAAAGAAAGCAACAAUAGCAGACUCGCAACAAAGCUUUGUUUUACGAUUAACUUCAAUCAACGAUUACGAAAGGAAAAUUACUGAGUUGAUAAGUAUGUACUAUUCUGCAGGAAUGACAAUACAGCCUUUUAUAAUUAUGGAAGGAAUAGCUGAGGGUGAUAUAACAGGAUUUUGUAUAUAUUUUGAUAAAACAUUGUAUAAAUUUGAGUCGUUUCUAGAAUGCCUAGAUAUCUGUUUCAAAAUUUUUCACACUCUUUGCCUAAAAUAUCCUCAGGCAUGCGAAACUUCUUGGGUUUUUUUACAACAGUUUUUUUUUUGAAAUUUAUACUGAAUAUGACUGCAAGCCGGCAAAUUUAACGUCUCUGUUGAAUUUUAUGACAUAUAAUUAAUUGCUUUAAAAUGUUUAUUUGCUUCAAGUGCCACAAAAAAUUUGCAGAAAUUGAUACCUUAAUAUGUCAUUUUAAAGUAGAUCAUAAGCUUUCUACGAAACUUUUACCACUGCAAUGCAAGCAAGAUACCUGUAAUCAAUUAUUUACAAAAUUUACUUCGUUCCGCAAUCAUUUACAAAAUACUCAUACAAAAUUUAAAAACACAUACGAACCAAACGUAACUCCAACUGAAGCUAUAACGAUACCGAUUUUAAGUAAUAAUUUAAGUACGGAAACAGAACCUUUCUGUGUGGCCGGAAAAGGGGGUCGGAAGUAUUUUUGCGCAGAACUUCUUUCUGCGUAGGCGGCCGCGC